CAACAGCACGUUGCUUUUCACAGGAUUGUUCAACCGUCCUCUGAACUGGAUAGAGUCUUCACUGCCAUUAGAACAAGUGAUGAGGUGGCCCUCCGCGAGCUGACAACCCACAAGAAGAUCUUGGAGGAGGACAGCAGAGGUUGGGUGGCCUUGCAUGAGGCAGCCAGUCAGAAUAACUACACACUCUUAGAAAUCACAUUUGCAGCGUCCCAUAGUGAUGCGAUACACAAGCGCACAUACAAGGGUAAGACCCCCCUCUUCCUGUCAGUGGAGAAGGGUCUGGUUGAGAAUGCCUCCUUCCUCCUGGAGAAGGGCAGCUGUCCAGAUGUUCUGGAUAAUGAGGAGGAUACUCUACUUGUCACAGCCAUACGAAACAACCAUCAUGACAUGAUGAAGCUCUUACUCUGUAUGGGUGCCAACGUCAACCUGGAGGGGGCGCACCGCAGGACUGCACUGCAUGAGGCUGCCCGCCUGGGGCAACAACACUUUGUGGAGCAGCUGCUGAGAGCUGGGGCCUGGCCCGACCCCCGCAGUGCCUAUGGCCUUACUCCACUGGCCCUCGCUGCUCAGAUCGGACACGAACACAUUGUCCAAACACUGCUCUGCAAGGGGGCUGAUGCCGAGGCCCAGGCACAAGACAGUGCCACCAUCUUAUUUGAAGCAGCAGCGUCUGGAAACCCAGGGGUCAUCUCCCUGCUGCUGGAGUACGGGGCUGAUCCUAACGUGCCCAAAAACACCGGGCACCUGCCCAUCCACAGGGUGGCACAUCGGGGCCAUUUGGAGGCACUUGCUCUCCUUCUCCCUGUGACCACGUUUGAGGCCGUGGAUGAAAGCGGCAUGAGCCCUCUGCACUCUGCAGCUGCGGGUGCUCACACCCAGUGCUUGGAGAUGCUGUUGUCUGCUGGCCACGACCCCAACUUCAUGCUCUAUCCCUGGGUGCGCCGCAAUUAUGAUGACCGCCGCAAGUCUGCCCUAUAUUUUGCAGUGGCCAAUGAGGACCUCCGCUCUGUGAAGAUCCUGUUAGAGGCUGGUGCUAUGCCCAACCAAGACCCCGUCAAGUGCCUGCAUAUAGCCCUACGGAUGGGUAACUACGACUUGAUCCACACGCUGCUCCGCUAUGGUGCUAAUGUCAACUACAUCUCACUAGUAAAUCCCUCCCAUUUCCCCUCGGCACUGCAGCACGCCCUGGAGGACAAGGUUGUCCUGAGAAUGCUGUUAAAUUAUGGCUACGAUGUGGCGCGAUGCUUUGAGUGCCCCUAUGGCCAAGGAUCACACACGCCUCCCGACUAUGAGGGCUGGAGCAACACGGUCAUCAAGGACACCCUGUUUUGUGAAGUGAUCACACUGAACUCGCUAAAGCAUCUGUCUGGACGUCUAGUGUGGAUCAUGAUGGAUUACGUUGACCAUGUCACCUUCUGCUCCAAACUCAAGGCUGUUCUGCUGGAACACAAAGAAUGGGCAGAAAUCUGUCAGAUUCAAGAAAAUGUGCGGCCCCUGCAGCACCUGUGCCGGCUGACGAUCAGGAAGUGCCUUGGCCGGCUGCGUCUCCGAGCCCCUGUCUUCAUGAGCUUCCUGCCUCUGCCAGAUCGUCUGAAGGAAUACAUUCUGUAUCGUGAAUAUGAUCUCUACGGGCACAGAAACAAGACGCAGCCAUGUGACAUGAACUCCUGAGCCCGACUGCUGGGCUGUCUGAUGUUUUGUGUACCAGUACAGCACGCAGUUUGUUUUGCUUCCCUUGCAUUUGCAACAGGACCAUUAGUAACACAAGAAAGACUACUGGGAUGUUGCAUGCCUGUUGAAGGAACCAGUCCAGGGUUCCACACUGCUCCACAGGAGCAACCAAAUGCUACCAAAAAUAUGAAUGGCUUAACAUUUGCUAUGGUGUUUAUUUUUGGGGCUUUCUAGCUUUUGAAUUGACAGGAUGGUGGAGAGCAAACAGACAAUGAGCAGGACAGUGAUGGGGACUGGGAUUGAGAAAUGACCCAGGCCGGGCUGGCUGCUUUACUUAAGGAAGUAUAUUCUUGGUUGUUUACAAAGCAAGUGAAAUUUCACUGAUACUUUUUGUCCAGUUGAUUGUUUAAAUUACAUUUUUGCUACAACUUUACUGCAACAAACAGUGAAGCACUUUCUCAAACCAGACAAGCUGUCUUUGAAAAAGUGUCACUUAAAUGACUGUGAUGGUGAUGUGGAAAAUAAAACACAUUUUCUCAGUCCAGUUAUGGUGUUCCAACCUGUACAAGAGAAGUAGCCUCGUUAUGAGCACAAAGACAAUUCAUGCUCAGAUAAAAGUAAGAGAUCAUUGUCAACUGACGCAGAAAAUGUCAUUACAGAGGUAGUCUAAUUGUUAUGGAACCAACUGUUUUCACAAAGUAAGAGUUUGUUCAAGGUACUGAGCAUCUUCUCCCACAGGAUUCCAUUCCUCCCGGCUCCCAUCAAAGACCCCAUGACCGUUACGCAUUUUCACCCAAAAAUUGGAAUCUCCCCUUUUAGAACAUCUUUGCUACAACAGAGCCUGUCUUUCUCCCAUAUUCCACAAUUCAUUGCAAGGUGAACAAACUAAGGGGGUAGUCGAGUGUUUCAAAUGCGUGUCAGUGUUUUGCUUUAGUACAAAAGAUAUUGUGUCCAUAAUAAUGAAAGUUUGAUAUGCACGAAAGGACUAUGGACCCUUUACAAUCCUUGAGUUGGCAGGUUACAAAAUGCAUUCUGUCCACAAACGCAAAGGCUGCUUAAACUUGU